AAGAAGAAAAACAUGUUGGGGAAAUUUACAGAGCAAGUACAAAUAAAUGCAGCAGCAAGUGAAGUUUGGAAUCUCUAUGGCUCUAAUGAAUUUCCAAAAUUUGUUGUUGAAAAACUCCCACACAUUGUUGAAAAAGUUGAGUUGAUUGAAGGCAAUGGAGGAGCUGGUACACUUGUGCAAGUUAGUUUACCUGGAAAUCCUCCAUAUAAAGAGAAGUUUGUGUUAAUGGAUGAUGAAAAAAGAGUGAAGGGAGUAGAGAUUGUUGAAGGUGGAUAUCUUGAUCUUGGAUUCACUUUCUAUGGAAUCAAAUUUGAAGUCAUUGAGAAGGAUGAAAAUUCAUCUUUCAUCAAACUUACAAUUGAUUUUGAGACUAAAGAUGUUGAAAAUAUUCAUCUUACUAUUCCCAACCUCCAAGCUUUUCUUGCCAUCAUGAAAGCUUCUGCUGAUUAUCUUGAGAAAUAAUAUUUUUAUUAUUAUUAUUAUUGGAUUUUUUCAUAGUUUAUGUUGUUUUCCAUUUUACUAAUUUCUUCUUGUUGUUAUUUCUCUUUCUUGUAUUAAUGUAUUGUAUUAUGAUGGACUUACUAUUGGAUGUUAUUAUUUUUUGUCAUGAAUAAAGUAAGAUAAGGUCAUUGUUUA